CACACUGAACGGCGAAGAGCCCAGGACGUGUUUCUUUUUUUUUUUUUUUUUGUGUAAAUGUUGACUUGAAUUCAUCACGGCAGGUUCAUUCUGUCUGUACCGACCGGUUACGGUUUAUAAACGCCGGUGACUGACCAGGGAGAGCGUUAUCUCCCCUUUCAAAAUCUCCCACAAGGUGGAAAUGAAUAAAGGGAACCCUCCACUGAAGGGAAACCGAGGCGGAGGAUUAAAAGAAGACAUAUCCUGGUCAUUGUUCGUCACCGCUGGCUGGAGCUGCCUCUCUCAUUUAAAAGGAAGCUGUUAAUACUUGAAGUUAGGAAAGCUGUCAUCGCUUUGCAGUUCGCCAGACAGCUUUCAAGCUUCAUCACCCGCACUUCAUCGGCCUUGACCAGAUACACUGAUCAGCAGUGCUUUGUGUAAGCAGGAGAUCCACACACCCACAGUCAAAGGAGAGCAGUUUACCAAGGCCACGAGUUGGUCCUAUCCAGACUGGACUGAAUUCUGUUGUUGCUUGGUUGCAAUGCAGACUGUCUUGUAGAGACUUCAGCUGUGAAAGUUCACCAUCAACAUAUUUUGUUUGAUCAAGCUCUAGCUUUUUAAAGAAUCAAAUGUAUCCGUGAAGCUGUCUCAUCACUUCUCUCAGUGGGCAUUAUGUUGACCCUAAUCUAAACCCAUCGACACCCCAUCCCUUCCUUUCCCUCCCAUCUCCCCUCCCCGCACCCUUUCCCAACUCCAUCAUGACCAGCCUCAAGCGUUCUCAGACAGAGCGCUCGGUCGGGGGCUCAGUGCCGGCUUCUGAUGAGUUCUAUACCCGCCGCCUUCGACUGCCCAAUGGAGGGGCACCACCACCCCGCAGUGAGAGCGCCCACAUUUCCUCUUCCUCCACCACCGGCACAAACCCCGGUGUCCCCAAGAUGGGAGUUCGGGCUCGUGUGGCUGACUGGCCCCCAAGGAAAGAUGGGGGAGGAGGAGGUGUUUGGCAUAUCACUGUGGAAACUGACUCACCCAGCUCCACCAUCACCAGCUCUUCAGGAUCAGGAAGCGGAGAUAGAGAAAGACUUGGAGGAGGAGGUGGUGGAGGUGGUGGAGGAGGUGGAGGAGGUGGAGGUGGUGGUGGUGGUGGUGGUGGUUGUGGAAGCGGUGGCAGUGGGGGAGGGGGGAUGUCAGCCGUCACAGCCCACAGCAAUCUGUCGGCCAAGCUGGGCCACCUGAUAAGCCCUCAGGACUCAUCCAUGCUCCGCAACAUCCACAACACACUCAAGAGCAAGAUGCAAAGCAAGGGGAAGGACAAUCGUUUUCUGUCACCAGAUGGUUAUCUAGGCUCACCUCGCAAAGGCAUGAGACGCAUCCGCCAGCGGAGUAACAGUGAUAUAACUAUAAGUGAGCUGGAUGGGGAUGGCAAUGAGGGCUGGUCCUUCUCUGGGUGGACACCCAUGCACCGUGAGUAUGGCAGCACUUCCUCCAUCGAUAAACAUGGUGUGUCAGGUGAGAGCUUCUUUGACAUGCUAAAAGGAUACCAGUCCUCUGAGGCCCCUGAUCAGCGAAGUCCAGCUCCAGAGAGGCUAACUGAGCUCCUUACCGUGGCCCCUGUAAAACAGGCUGCCCUGGACUUGCCAGAUGGACCUUUGGGGCCAACCAGAGGUAGUCCUGCCAGUCGGCUUAAGGAAAGAGAGAAGCACUUGAAGAGGAGGUCAAAGUCAGAGACGGGGGGAGAGUCAAUUUUCCGCAAGCUACGCAGUGUGAAGGUGGAGGGUGACACAUCAAGGGCUGGUUCAGAUGUUGAAGAUGGGGGGAAAGGAGAUGAAAGUGGCCCUCCACCCAAACCCUGGCUAUGCCAAAAAGGCUUUUCCCAUUUUGAUGUCCAGUCUCUACUCUUUGACCUCAAUGAGGCCAUCCAGAGCCGGCAGUCGGGGGCCAAACGCAAGAACACCACUACUGGUGCCUCGGCUGCCGCGGCUGCCUCUGCUUCUGCUACAUCAUCCCUCUCCUCCAAUCAGAGUGCAGGGUAUGGGUCACCCUGUGGCUCACAAGAGGAGCUGAGCAAAGAUGGGACAGGAGGAGGACACGGUACCAACCCUGCCUUGGACCCAGGUGACGACAAGAGCAAUGACUUGGUGCUCAGCUGCCCAUGUUUCAGGAAUGAGAUUGGUGGAGAGGGUGAGAGGAACAUCUCUCCUGCUAAACAGCAGGGCAGCAUAGGUAGUGGUGGGAGCUCAAGCAAUUCCUCUGGCAGCACAGAGGAAGGACCUUUGGAGAACACCCUCACUACUCAUUUCACCAACGCUGGUGUGGCUGUGUUGGAGGCCCCUAAAGAUGGACCAAGCCAACAUGCUGACAGGUCCAAACGAUACAUUGUGGAGCAUGUUGACCUUGGUGCCUAUUACUACCGAAAGUACUUCUACCUUAGAGAACACUGGAACUAUCUGGGGGUAGAUGAGAAUCUGGGCCCAGUGGCAGUGAGUCUGAGGAGGGAGAAGUUGGAGGAAAACAAGGAGCAUGGCCAGCAGUACAGCUACAGGGUCAUCUUCAGAACGAGUGAGUUGAACACCCUGCGUGGCUCCAUCAUAGAAGAUGCAGUACCUUCCACAUCAAAGCACGGUCUAGCGCGAGGCUUGCCCCUCAAAGAGGUGCUGGAGUAUCUGGUGCCUGAGCUGAAUGCUCACUGCCUCCGCCUGGCACUCAACACACCCAAGGUCACUGAGCAGCUGAUGAAGCUGGAUGAGCAGGGGCUGAGUUUCCAGCGAAAGGUGGGGGUGAUGUACUGCAUGGCAGGCCAGAGCAGCGAGGAGGAGAUGUACAACAACGAAUCAGCUGGUCCUGCACUGGAGGAGUUCCUUCAUCUUCUGGGGGAGAGGGUUAGACUCAAAGGCUUCACAAAGUACCGGGCCCAGCUGGAUACCAAAACGGACUCAACGGGCACCCACUCCAUGUACACCACUUACAAGGACUAUGAAAUCAUGUUCCAUGUGUCCACCAUGCUGCCCUACACGCCCAACAAUAAACAGCAGCUACUGCGGAAGCGUCACAUUGGGAAUGACAUCGUCACGAUUGUGUUCCAGGAGCCCGGGGCACUCCCCUUCACCCCCAAAAACAUUCGCUCACACUUCCAGCACGUCUUUGUGAUUGUGCGGGCACACAACCCCUGUUCCGAAAACAGCUCUUACAGUGUGGCAGUCACCCGUUCCAAAGACGUGCCUUCAUUUGGACCCCCGAUCCCAGAGGAUGUGACUUUCCCCAAGUCUUCUGUGUUCCGGGACUUCCUCCUGGCCAAGGUCAUCAACGCAGAAAACGCUGCCCACAAGUCCCACAAGUUUCGCGCCAUGGCUACCCGAACACGCCAGGAGUACCUGCGCGACCUGGCCGAGCGGCACACCACCAGCACGCCCAUCGACCCCUCCGGAAAGUUUCCAUUUAUCUCGCUAGCCCACAAGAAAAAAGAGAAGAGCCGGCCGUACGGAGGAGCGGAGCUGCGCAGCCUGGGGGCGGUGACCUGGCCAGUCCACGCUGAGGAUCACGGGACCGGAGGGGAGCUGGAGGCGCUUCUGUCCAUCUCGAAUGACUUUCUCAUCCUUUUGGACCAGGAGGGAAAGGCCGUGGUGUUCAACUGUGCUACUAAGGACGUGAUUGGCUGGACAUUGAGCAGCCCUGCAUCUUUACGGAUUUUCUACGAGCGGGGAGAAAGUGUGUCUCUGAGGAGUAUCAGUAAUAAUACAGAGGAUUUCAAAGAAGUGGUCAAACGUCUGGAGUUCCUGACUAAGGGUUGUGAGACAUCGGAGAUGACGCUUCGUCGAAAUGGCCUGGGGCAGCUCGGCUUCCACGUCAAUUACGAAGGCAUCGUGGCUGAGGUGGAGCCGUACGGAUACGCAUGGCAAGCAGGACUGCGUCAGGGAAGCCGAUUAGUAGAAAUCUGCAAAGUUGCUGUGGCAACACUGACCCACGAGCAGAUGAUUGACCUCCUGCGGACCUCAGUGACAGUGCGCGUUGUUAUCAUUCCACCUCACGAUGAUGCCACUCCUCGCAGGGGCUGUUCAGAGCUCUAUCGCAUGCCUGUGUCCGAAUACAAGGGCAGCAGUAGCGACAGCGGCUCCUUCGAAUACAAGUUCCCCUUCCGCAGCAACAACAACAAGUGGCAGAGGACGUCCAGCAGCCCUCAGCAGUCCCUGACGGCCUCGCCACAGCCCCACACGCCCAACCGGGCCAUCAGCCUGGGUAGCUCAGUGGGGAAGACUCUAUCAGCCGAGAGGCUGGAGAGGGGCGCGGCCAUCCCACGCAGCGUCAGCAGCGAUGGCCGACCUCUUGACACAAAGAGGAUGUCUCCGGGCAGUGAGAGCUACAGCCUGGCCUCCUCCCUGGCGUUGGGUCGCUCCCCUCACAAUCGCAGCUCUCCCAGCAACCUGUCUUGUUCCAGUGACGCCUCCGGAAGCUCUGCUCACUGGAGACAGAAGUCCAUGCCUGAGCAGUUCGCAGGCAGCCGUCAUUCUCCAAUGUCUUCAGAGAGACAGGUGGUUGGAGAGAGCGGCUCAAGUGGAAAGUCCACUCCCAACUGGUCGAGGAUGGAGGACGGCGGAGGAGGAGACCGAGGGUCAACAGAGGCGCCAGUCUCCAAGUCCGGUCAAGGCUACUCUGGAGGUCCCCGUAUCCAGAGGCAGGAGCAGGUCAUCCAUCUGUCCCCGAAGAAGGGCAGCCAGUCGGACGGCCCUUACUCUGGUCACUCCAGCAGCAACACUCUAUCCAGCACAGCUUCCAGCGGGGGCCAUAGCGACAGCGAUAAAUGGUACGAAAUGGGGGCGGGUGGAACCUCCAGUGGAGACCAAGGUGAAUCAGAGCCCAACGGCCUGGGAGGAGGAGGCUACCUCCAGGGGGCCUCGGCCGACAGUGGCAUUGACACGAGCUCUUAUGGAGCCUCACAUCACGCCCACCCUCACUCGCAUCAUGGCAGCACCACCUCCCUGCUGGCUCCCAGCGGAGGCAGAGAGGGAAGGGGAGAGGGAAGGGAGCGGUCAUCAUCUCCAUGGCACAGCCCCACGGAGGGAGGUCGCAGGAUGCUGGAGAGGUCCCCUGCUGCUGCCGAGUCCCCAGGUCCCCCGGGUGAAAGGAGCAUGGAUGGGACGGGCCGAAGUCCACCUACUCAUCUCCUCGUUAGAGACAGCAGCACCUACAGCCUGAGUGAUACUGGAUCACACUCAAGUGCCAGGCACUCAGGCCACAGCUCCCCCAGAGAAGAGUCCUCCUCCUCCUCUUCGGCCACCUCCCCUUCAUCUCAGUCCUCAGUGUCCCCCGGGCCCAAAAGCUUUUAUCCCCGCCAAGGAGCGCAGUCCAAAUACCUGAUUGGCUGGAGGAAACCGGGCUCCACCAUCAAUUCUGUUGACUUUGGAGACACACGCAAGAAGUCUCCAGGAGAGAGUGGAGGGGAUGUUGUUCCCACGCCAGCAGCCAGGCCCUCUCUUAGAGAUAUGCACUCUCCCCAGCCUCAUGCCAAAUCUACCAUAGAAGAAGAUGUGAAGAGGCACAGCGCCCCAGACACCCCCCCACCACCACGCAGACAUAAGGAAAAGCACGCCCACAAAUCACCACCAGGCACCAGGUCUCCCAGCCACCGUCGCUCGCUCCACCGCACACUGUCAGAUGAGAGCAUCUACCGUGGCCAGCGCCUUCCACCUCUGAGGGACUCGGUGCCCGAACCGACACUGGGUGCUGAUGUUCUCUUCAGCUGCUCCACCCUUCCACGCUCACCCACCACCCGGGGCGUGCCUCUCCGACGACCCUCAUAUAAGCUGGGAGUCAAACUCCAUGGUGACCUCUCAGCAUCUGACACAUCAUUGGUGGAUUUGGUGGAACGUCACCGUGGACCGAUCCCUCAGGAGCUGAUGCCUCUCCCAUCUUCAGAGAGGGACAGCCCACUUGAGUGGACACAUCUGGUAGAUGUGGCUAAUACCUUUGAGACUGAGAGAAACACACACUACGUCCAGAGAAGUUUUGUGUUCGGGGAUUCAAACCACCGAAGCAGCGGCGCCUCCAGUCCUCAGCAGCCCCACAUAGAGCUGCAGCCCGCUCCACUGUCACGACCCUCAUCUAGUGAGGGUCACAUAGGGCUGGAGAGGAAGGUGACUAAGCUAGAGGCCAUGGUGAAGAUGCUCCAGGAGGACCUGAAGAAGGAGCGUGAGGAGAAGGUGCGUCUUCAGUCUCAGAUCAAGAGGCUCUGGGAGGACAACCAGAGACUGCAGGAAGAGUCGCAGACGUCUGCCACAAAGCUCAAGAAAUUCACUGAGUGGGUCUUCAACACCAUAGACAUGAACUGACUCUCACUCUCUGCACAUUUUUUCAAUCACACACGCACGCACACACACACACACAAAUGCAUACAUCAGCACAUCUGGACGGAGAAGCACACUGACAAGAAAUCGUGCAGAAGAAAAGUGGAGGUUUAAUCCCAGUUCAGCUGCUGCUGGACUCAGUUACUCUGAUGUUGAACCCUCUAACCACCUUCCAUUGGCUUCACACAUCAGCGGGGUGGUAUUAUUGUCUCAGUCUCCACAUACCAUCUGUUAAACUACUCAGGAUGAGACUCAAGAACAAUGGGUGUUGCUUAUCAGAUUAUGUCCUCUACUCUCCUAUGGGACCACGAGAAGGUUGCUGAAUUGAUCUUUCUCUCAUCUUGCUGUGCCAAAAUCUUCUGCAAAAUUGCCAACGAAGGGGAAAGCUCUCCCCCCUUUCCCUCCCUCCUCUCACUUUAGAAGUCAACUUCACGGCGAACAUAAAUAAUAUCCUCAUCCUCCGGACAUGCUCUCUCAGAGGAUGCGCUUCUCUUUUAAGGACAGCCGGCAGUAGAUAUCUGACCUUUUUUUGUGUUUCCUCGUCAUUCCUUUUUUUUUUUCACUAACUCUUUUUUCCAAAUGUCGCCCAUCUUCUCUGAAAAGGUGAGUCCUUUUCGUGCCAAAUCAAAACCCGCUACAGCCGAGGGUAGCAGAGACAUCCAGGUGACUUGAAAAAAAGAGGAAGUCUCUGAAGUGCCGAGCAAGAGUCAAGACAGGUACGCAACAAAUCUGCCAGCCCAGUUCAUAAUCAUACACACCUGUAAGAGCAGAGUAAUAAACACCGCGCACAGGGAAGGUUUUCAUUUCCUUCAAAUGGAGAGCGAAGAAGUUUAGCACCUGUGUUCUCUCUCCACAAAGUUGCUGUGAGAUUCUUCUGACCGCCGAAUGGUCGUCGGGGCUGUUUGUCUCUCAGCCACCAACGUGGAGGCAGCUUGAUCUGCCUCUGCACAGGAGGAAAACUUGGAUUUGUACAGUUAUUAUUAUUAUUUUUUUUAAUUCUCCUCUGUGAGACUCAGAACUGGAUCAAAACAAUCCCGUCUGUCCCUCCAGCACAAGCCAACACCCGACAGAGGAGUGUAUUUAAAAGCCAUCGGCAGCGGUGCCAUAAAACAAGACUGAUAUCCAGAGUGCUUUGGUCCAUCCCAAUUGUAUGUGUCUUAAAAGCAAUAGGAAGAAGUCAGGACUCCUCCUCCUCCUCCGCGCAAAAAAAAAGGGAGAGAAAGUUUGAUGUGGGAAAAUGUAUUUUAAAGUCAAGAUUACAUUUAGCAAGAUACUCAUUUCUGCUGCACAAGAGCCUCCGUCUUUCUCCGCUGAAGCAUUUGUGCUGUGAGGAAAAAGGAAAGUGAGGACUCCACUCAUCAUCCCACUGUCUGGAAUACAGAGAGCCAGCUGAUAAUAAAUGACAGAGACAUUUUUUAGGAGGGGAAAAAGUUAGGUCUUGUUUUUGUUUUUUUCCCAGGUUAAUUUAUUUCCUUGUAUUAUAAUUCCAAUAAAUAAGUUGUUCUAUUCGUACAGUACAACUGACAUCAGUGUUAAGUUCCUCAAGACAAAAAGUCACUAGCUAUAUUAUUUAAAUGGCUUUCUUUCUUAAUUCCGGCUAAAGCCUGACUAUAUACUUUUUAUUCUGUAUUCUGUUGUAUUUUGUGGUGCCCAAGCCUGCUGUCGUGUUGCUUACAGUGCCCUCUAGUGAUGACCAGUGGAAAUGUCAUGAGUAUUAAAUGUGCCGCCAGUCACUCUGUAUUUUCCAAUGCCUCUUCAGCAAUCAGUCAGACAUCGUCCAGGAGGCCACAUGAACCACAGGACAGGACGAGAAAUCACAAGCCAGCUUUGACAGACAAUCAAAGUUCGAGUUUUGAUAAAGGGAGCAGACCUUAGGUAUGCUUGUGUGCGUGUGUAUGUGUGUGUUUAAUGUCUAACAUCUGUAGUAUUCCUCAGGUUCAGUCUUUGUUGAAAACACAAGGAUCUUUUGACGAGUUCUUAAAGUAAUUCAACAAAAAUUGCUUCUAUGGUUAGAUUGAACCCCCCCCCCCCCCCCAUGACAAAAAGGGAGAUACAAUACCUUACUGUACCAGUGGCAGUGUGUGUUGCCAUUGUGUGAAUGUGCAUCAGUCUAUCCAGCCGUGCCUACUGUCACUUAUUUUGGUCAUUUUCUCCCAGUCAGAGCAGGGAUGUGCCUUUGAAACAGCACCUGGGGAACAGAUGAAAAGGGGGGAAAAAAGCAAUCCUCCUUCUUCAUCCUGAAAAACAAACAAAACACACCUGCUAACAAACACACGUAUGAUUUUUAAUCAAGUUCACAUUGCACGCCCCGCCUCAUAAAUGUUUGUCCAGGGAAUCUGUUGCGAGGUUUCUGUGUUACUAACAGCCUUUCUCUUGUUCAGAUGAAUAUUUGCACUGAACACAGGCUGAGCAGUCUCCGGAUAUAGACAAGGGGGAGAGAAGUGUAUGAGAGUGUAUGGAAAUGUUUGUGUGAGUGUAUGUAAGUGUGUGUGUGUCCACACUCAGUUGCAUGCAGUUUUGUUUUUCAAACCUGGUGCUUGUAAUAAGAAAGAAUUGGAAAAAAUAAGUUCCCUUCAAAUUUGAAAGCUUCUUUUAAAGAAAGUUAUUUCCUCUGCCAGGUGUCUGACAUUACAAACCGAGUGUUUGGGCUAACAUCCAAGCCCUUUUCAUGAAAAUCUAAUCUCUUGAAGUAAAUUUGCAUCUUAAAAUGUAUGCAAUUUAAAACAAAACAAAAAGAACCCUGCAGCAUACAGCACAACAGCCCCCCGUCUGAAUGUAAAGAGAAUAUAAACAAGCCUAAAGAAAUGUGAUGUUUACUCUGACAUAUUCAUUCAGCUCUGCAGUUUUGUAGAGAAAUGAGUGGACUCUUUAAAAAGAAAAAGAAAAGCCUAAAGUAGUCAUGGUUCUGUUUUAAGAAUCUUUUUCUUUUCCGGUCUGUAUGCACAAUAAUAACACCAGUGGACAGUCGAUAUUUGCUCAGUGAGAUGAUUCAACACGUUUAAUAAGUUGGCCAGUUGUGAAAAGCCGUCUGCAUUUUUGCCUCCAUGGUCAUCCAAUAAUGUGAAAUCCUCAAAAAUAUACACAAAAGAUGAGUCAUGUAGGCAGAAAUGUUCCUGAUACAUUUUUCACUGUAAAUCGUUGGGCAUCGAGUUGGAUGUUAGAUACAGUUAUCAACCUUAUACAGAGAAAUAUCCUCACACGCGCCAGUCCAGUAAAUGUAGUGCGAAUGUUGUUAUUUUUCAGCGCAUAUACGUUUGUUUCUUUCCUCAGCUUUGUUUUUUGUUUUUUUUGUUGCUUUUUUUCAGAGGGGAUAUGGGAAAUGUGAAUGUUCAAAUGUUCCAUUUUGUAAUAUCUUUUACUGAUAAGAACCUUUGCACAAUGUUUUAUAUAAAUGAUUGAGUUUACAGGUUUAUGGAUGAGAAGGGUGAAUUGAUCCAUUCCUGUGCGAUCUUGUAUAGAUGUACUUUGUUGCUCUGUAGUUUUCCUGAAGGCAAAGUUCCUGACAGACAAACAAACAAACAAGAGGAAGGUGCUCGACUUUAUUCGGUUCAAGAAACGGGAACGUCUCUUUUUUCCCCCUCAGGCGUCGCCGAUCAGACGAGAGCAGGGCUUGGAUGUUGUUUUGUAUGGUAGGGAUGCUUGUUUUCAGUCAGGUGAACUGGCGAGGUCAGCGAUCGCAUCGGGGGGCGGGGGGGAAGGAAGGUUUCACCGAGCGCAGAGUCACAGCUUUAACCCGCUGCGUCGUGAUCUGUUUAGUUUCCUCCGGGGGUGGAAGAAGAAACACAAUAUCAAGAGGACCAUACGUUUUACAGAAUACAAAUACUGUUUAAAUCCCAGAUCCAUUGUCUUUGUAAAAUGUUCAAGGUAUGAAAAAGACAUUUGCAGUGAUCACAGUAUUAAAGUUUAUGAAAUAAAUAAAUGCCGUCA